CUACUAAUAGAAACCAAACACCACUCCCACCACUCUUUAUUGCCAGCUACGCAAAUACCAAUAGCUCCUUUUCUUUAUUUAAGGCAGCAAAGCCCUACUUCAGAAAAGAGAAGAGCUACCACACUGCACAAGAUGAGGUUUCUCAUAACUCCAAUAGCCUUCUGCAUCGUCAUCAUCUCCAAUCUGUCUAAGGUUGAGCGCCAAGCAUUGGCUCAAGAUUCUCCUGCAACUGCACCUAAAGUGCCAGCAUUAAUCGUGUUCGGGGACUCGAUCAUGGACCCUGGAAACAACAAUGACAUUAAUACCAUCGUCAAGUGUAAUUUCCCUCCUUACGGUAUCGACUUCAACGGGGGCAAGCCCACUGGCAGAUUCAGCAACGGAAAGAUCCCCUCUGAUUUAUUGGCUUCUAAACUUGGAUUAAAGGAGGACUUACCAGCUUAUGUGGGCGCUAACCUAGCCCCUGAAGACUUAAUCACAGGUGUAAGCUUUGCCUCAGGUGGCGCUGGAUACGAUCCUCUUACUUCAAAAGUUGCGUCAGCGAUAUCACUUGAUCAACAACUAGAGCUGUUCAAAGCAUACAAAGAGAAGGUAAGAGCAAUCACAGGAGAGGACAGAGCAGCUACAGUCUUCUCUGAGAGUUUAUACAUCGUAUGCAUAGGGAGUGAUGAUGUGGCAAAUACGUAUUUUCCUACUCCUUUAAGAAAGAGGACCUACGAUGUACCAUCGUAUGCCAACCUGUUAGUAGGUUUUGCUUCUGAGUUUGUGCAGAAACUCAUUAAAAUGGGCGCGAAGAAGAUUGGCGUCGUGGGAAUUCCGCCGAUUGGAUGUGUUCCUUCACAAAGAACUCUAGGUGGGGGAAUCUUCAGAGCUUGUGCCACUCCUCAGAAUCAAUUAGCGACUUUAUUCAAUUCAAGGGUCAGCACGGAGAUCCAAAGAAUCAAAACAAAAUUUCCUGGGACAAGGUUGGUCCUAGCUGACAUAUACGGCAUCUUAUAUGAUAUCAUUCAACGCCCAAAAAACUAUGGACUUGAGAUUUCAGCAAAGGGAUGUUGUGGUACUGGAAAAUUGGAGGUUUCUGUACUAUGCAAUAGUCUCACAUCGUCAGUGUGCUCAAAUGUCUCAAAAUACGUAUUUUGGGACAGUUAUCACCCAACCGAGAAGACGUACAAAGUUCUUGUGGACUUCUUGUACGAGAAAUAUAUUCCCCAGUUGAUCUAGAAUUAUAUAUAUUCGUGUGGUGAUCUAGAAGGUGUGUUAUGGACUGGUCUCCAAUUUCUCCUGCAUGUAUCAUUGUUUUCCCUUUGAUUCAAAUGUGUGUGUGUGUGUGUGAAGAACAGUACGUUCAAUUAUCUUGAGGAUGGAUCGAGUAUUCAGUAAAUGUCACUUUAUUUUUAUUUUUCAUUUUU